CGAAGCGCGUGCGCGUGCAGUCUGCUGGUGUUGACACUUAGAAGCAUAGCUGAGAUGAACCGGUACAAACGCGCGGAGGUGGCCAAACACAACGGGAAGAAGAACACCCAGUUGUGGAUCGUUGUGAAAGACAUCGUUUAUGACGUCAGCACUCACAUUACCGAGCAUAUCGGCGGCGAGGACCCGCUUCUGGAAGUCGGGGGUACGGACGCGACAAAAGACUUCGCGCACCACUCCAGCGCCGCCUACGCAAAGCUCGCUCAGUACAAGAUCGGAGAAAUUGUAGAGGCAGAGAAGUACUACGACGCCAACGGCAAGCUGAAAGACGGUGCACAGGCCGGUAGAGGCUGCACGCGUAUCGUCACCUGCGGCCUGAUCGGAUGACCAGUCUCAAAAGAACCUCCCUCAUUACCACAUCUUAUAAGUUCCAUAGCUGCUCUUGGUGAAGUGCAAAUACUAAUACUAGUGAGUCUCUUAUGUUUAUUAAAGAAGGUAGGUCUACCUAAGCGAUGACCGUAUCUCGCGUGUAAGUAUUUGAUGUGAAAUUUCUAGAAUAACGGUUUACUCAUAAAGGUGGUUUGUACUAAGUUGUACAACAAGCGUAUUCAGUUUUGGAUUUGUUGGAUUAUAUUAUAAAUAAGUACAUAUUUAUAAUAUUAUUUGUAAACCAGCAACGACUCGCUCCCAAAUUUUUUAUAAAAGUAAAAAAAAGAAAACAUGAACAUGGUGG